AUGGAGCCUGCGGAGAGGGUGCUGCAUGAGAUUAUGCAAGAUGAGUGUCAAGUUCGGUUAGAGGUAAAUGAGUUUUGGGAACGGGAGAAACUACGUGGCGAGAAAGAUCUUGGGUUUCUUGGCUUUAGGAAUGAGAUCAAUAAAAAUAUAAGUUCAGGUAUUGAGGAUGAUCUUGGUAGGUGGAUGGUGGAGCCGAAUAUCAUUGACCACUGUUGCCCAGAGUAUUUUGAGUCUAUUUUUAGUACGGUGCAUCCGCAAGAUUUUGAGACUGCUCUGUCACCUGUGGAUUGCCAAGUGAGUGAGAAAUCGAAUUGUGAAUUACUACAUGAACCUAGGCUUGAGAAAUUUCAUGAGGCGGUGUUUCAAAUGUUUCCUACAAAAGCCCCUAGUCCCAGUGGAAUGUCGGCCUUCUUUUACCAAAAACGCUGGAGUACAGAAGGUGUCAAAUUACUGGCCUUUGCAAUGUUAGCUACAAGAUUAUUUCCAAGCCAUGCAUCACAUUCAUUCAAGGCAGCGGAGUGGAGUGGUUCAGGGUCUAUGGCUAUCAAGUUAGAUAUGAGCAAAGCAUAUGACGGGGUUAAGUGGUCUUUCUUGCGGGCUAUCAUGCUUAAAAUGGGUUUUACGUCCCGAUGGGUGGAUUUAAUUAUGGUCGGUGUCUCUUCAGUUUCGUACUCAGUGGUUGUGAAUGGUGGUCUGAAAGGUAAGAUAGUUCCAUCCCGUAAGCUGCGACAAGGAGAUCCCCUGUCUCCUUAUCUUUUUGUGCUGUGA